AAUGGAAGCAGCUGUCUCGACUACAGCGGAGUGUAAUUCUCUUCCUGUUUGCGUUCUUGGCAGUCUGUGGAGUCAUUUCAUAUACAAACAUGGGAGAGCCGUGGAAAAGUCUAACAAACAAAUCAUUGGACGAUCAGAGAAUAGAACCAGAAGUUCCUGGACUAAAGUUGGCGAAUCCAGCUGUUUUACCAGCACCUCAGAAAGCAGAUGCCAACCUUGGAGACUACCCAGAGCUUUCACCUCAGAAGCAGCCAAAGCUGCCUCAUGUCCGACGUGGCCCUCCUAAUCUUCAGAUCAAGCCACCACGGAGGGGCAUGAGGCUAAAGACCCAACGUGAUAGCAGCGAGGUUGUAGAAGAACCAGCCCAGGCUGAUAAAGAAGAGAAAACAGAGAAAUCGAUUAUCAGCUGGAGAGGAGCAGUGAUAGAACCUGACCAAAGCACUGAACCUCCUUCUAGUAAAAUAAAGGAACCAGAAAAACCUUCAUCUAUGGAAGCUGAAGGCCAGAAAGAACCAGUGCCCAUAAAUGAACGUCAGAUGGCUGUGAUAGAAGCAUUCCGCCAUGCCUGGAAAGGAUAUAAGGAUUUUGCCUGGGGACAUGAUGAACUGAAGCCUUUGUCCAAAUCUUACAGUGAGUGGUUUGGACUUGGGCUUACUUUAAUCGAUGCUUUGGAUACCAUGUGGAUUUUAGGCUUAAAAGAAGAGUUUGAAGAAGCAAGAAAAUGGGUAGCAAACGAUUUAGUGUUUGAUAAAAACGUGGAUGUGAACCUCUUUGAGAGCACUAUUCGUAUCCUGGGGGGCUUGCUGAGCACCUACCAUCUCUCUGGAGAUAGCCUCUUCCUGGAAAAAGCAAAAGAUAUCGGGAGCAGGCUUAUGCCAGCAUUCAACACGCCUUCCAAGGUACCUUACUCCGACGUCAACAUUGGCCGAGGCACUGCACAUCCACCUCGGUGGACAUCUGACAGCACUGUGGCAGAGGUGACCAGCAUUCAGCUGGAGUUUAGGGAGCUCUCUCGUCUCACUGGAGAUGAGAAAUUCCAGAAAGCUGUAGAUGAGGUGAUGAAGCAUGUUCACACCCUCUCAGGGAAAAAUGAUGGACUAGUGCCUAUGUUCAUAAACACCAAUAGCGGGCAGUUCACUCAUUUGGGUGUCUAUACUCUGGGAGCCAGAGCUGACAGCUACUAUGAAUAUUUGCUCAAGCAGUGGAUUCAGGGUGGGAAAAAAGAAAAUGAACUUUUGGAAGACUAUGUGAGAGCCAUAGAAGGAGUGAAAAAGCAUCUUCUUCAGAGGUCACAACCCAAGCAGCUUACCUUUGUAGGAGAGCUUGCUCAUGGCCAUUUCAGUGCCAAAAUGGAUCAUUUGGUUUGCUUUUUGCCUGGUACUUUGGCGUUGGGAGCUCACAAUGGAUUGACUGCUGAUCAUAUGAAAUUGGCUGAAGCCUUGAUGGAAACCUGCUACCAGAUGUAUGUGCAAGUAGAGACAGGCCUGAGUCCAGAGAUUGUACACUUCAAUCUUCAUGCACAAAAAGGCCACAAAGAUGUGGAAAUCAAGCCUGCAGACAGGCAUAACUUGCUGCGACCAGAAACUGUGGAAAGCCUUUUUUAUAUGUACAGAUUCACCGGAGAUAAGAAAUACCAAGACUGGGGCUGGGAAAUCUUACAAAACUUCAAUAAGUAUACACGGGUUCCUACAGGUGGUUAUACUUCCAUUAACAACGUCCAGAAUCCCAGUAAUCCAGAGCCACGAGAUAAGAUGGAGAGCUUCUUUCUUGGGGAAACACUCAAAUACAUGUUUUUGCUGUUUUCAGAUGACAUAGACUUAAUCAACCUUGACAAAUAUGUAUUUAACACAGAAGCUCAUCCACUCCCAAUUUGGAUGCCAGCAUAGACUUGGUGUCAGUAGACCUUCCAAUGGUGGCAUUUUUAUCUUCAAGUCACUUUACUUUUCAGGGUUUGAAGAGAGAUGCUGUAUUUGCCCCUUUCUUGGUUUAAAAAGAAUGAGCAAAGCCUUUGGGAAAGCAUCUCUGGUUUAGAGAAGUCUCAUCAGUCUUAAAUCUAACCCUUGUGCUUUAGUUCUGGGAUGGACAAACUGUGCCAUAUUAAGCUGCUUUGCCUGGUAUUGAUGAUUAGGUUGAAUAAUUGUAAUGUGGACCAUGACAUUCACUGGGCUCUGGUGGACCAGAACUCACUUGUCAGUCUUACUAAAUGAUAAUUAAAUAUCAGGAAUUCAGCAAGCUGUCUUACAGCACAGGAUUGCCCCUGGAGAGAAGGAAUAAACCUAAAGAUUUCUGGUUUAUUCUGGAUGUACUGAAACACUUGGUUUAUGGCGCCAUUCCUUUUAAGAACCUGUAGUGUUUCAGAUGGUAAGUGGAAUAAACAAUGAACUGUGCGGCUGUCCCAGGUAAAAGUGAAGGUACCAGUGUUGUUACUGAUACUCUGAUCUCAUUCCAGACUGUUGAGCUAUGCUGCAUUAUGCUAGCUGAAGAAAGUUGCAGCAAAGCACCUCUCAUACAGUAUCUUAAUUUUCUAGAGCACUUUGAACAAUCUGUUCAAGCUGUGGCUGAAAUGAAUGAUUGAAAGGAAGUAGAGAAUUUGCUGCUGGUUUGGCUCAAAAUGGUAUAUAAUUUUGUAGAGGUAUUGCAGUUUUUUAACUUAUCUGCAGGAAUGCAGGAGACAAUGUGAAACAAGUGAAACUACACGUUUUAUAUAUUAUUUGCAUCAGUUAGACUCAGGUAUUCUGACUGAAAGCUGCUUUGUGAGGUUGGGCACUCGGAAAGCUUGUGAGCACAUUAGGUAUAAUUCCAGCUCAACCUCUUCCAUCCCUUCCUGUCCAGAUCUUGCAUAUUAAGGUGUUUGCUGGCUCAAAACAGGCUUAUAAUUGUACAGCAAAAUUCAUGCUUUUUUUUUUUUUUUUUUUUGACUGAGGGGAAAUUUGCAUUUCUUCUUAGUUUUUCUUAGCACUACCUUGGGUGGAAGUAUUUUCAUCAGUAGUAUUAAAGGCAGGCAGUCUAAAUAUAUUAUGGCAGUUUCUAGUCCCAGUAGAUUUAAUGAAGUGUGUUUAGUUACUCGAAGGGAAAGCAGACAACAGGUUUGUUCAUAAAAGAAUCUUACUGAAGCUCUGGGGUCUUUCAUUUUUACAUGUGCAAACAGGUUUUAAAUCAUCAAAGUUUGAAAUGAGCUUUCUAAAGUGCUUUACCUUUUGGUUUUGUAGCUACUUGAACAGUUCUGUAUUCAGAAAUAAGUUCUCAAAAAUGUGCUUUUUCAUAUUUUUAAAGAGGUUGUUCUCACCAAAAUGUCCUUUCCCUUCAUAUUAAUGGGAGCAGUGGGAAGCUGUAUGCAGGUGCAUGGCAGUGAGAAGGAGGUUCAGUCCCGUCUAAAUCUGGGGCUAUGAAACAGAAAUAACAUAAAUUGGACUAUAACAGUUAAUUUUCCAGUAGAUAUGGGGAUUAUGUGUAUUUUACAGUAUCUAUAACCUUUGUUCUAUUAAGUAAGCUGCAUCUUUAUUUGUUUUAUGCUGAUCAAUUCUGUUUGCUGGCGUCAGAAGUUACCCUUUGGACCACUAUUCAAGUCUUGUAAAGAAUGUUUGUCAUUCCAUUUACUAAUGAUGGCUUACGGAAAUUGAGAAUUUUUACACGUUAUUUACAUUUACCUUUUCUGUCAGCAAAGGGACCCUGGGUUUAGCCAGAAAUGACAAGUUUGUGCAGAGUGUUAAUGUUCCUGCAGUCCGAACACCACAAGUAACCCUGGUUUAACAAGUUUCUCACUUCAGUGUGCAGUGGGCUCUAGUAGUCAUAGCCUGAAUAACUGAUUUGUUACUAAGGCUUUUGUUUUCUUUGACGUAACAGUAAAGAAGAAAAAUGCCAUUGAAAUGUAGGAGGAAACACCUUCAAUGUUUUCUUAACUCUGUUUGUGGAACAGGUACGGGUUGCUGUGGAGUUGAGCUUUGGCUAAAAACUGAAGGGGUUUAUGUGGGGAAAACAUGAAACAAAAAAACCCAACUCAGUGGGACUGCCUACUCCCUUUUGCUGCUUUGGCU